GGCAGUCCACGCAAGUCCUGCCGAAGGACUGAGCCCCCUUUAACAAAUUCGAUUUGCUGGGCAAAUGGGGAGUCAGAGAGGGAUGCUUUGGGCCCUCGCAGGUUUCUGGGCAUGGCUUCUGUGCGCGCCUGGGAGAACAGCUGCCGUCCCACUUCCCACGGAAUGGGAAGAAGAAGACCUGGGCGACUUCACCACCACCAGUGAUGGCCUUUCCUGGGGCACAGACAGUGACUAUUUUGAGCCCACCGUGCUUCUGGCCACAGAGGAGGCGCCUGCCUUCACGGAGGAAACCCAAGCCACAGAAUUCUAUACACCUAGCCCUCUCCUUGGGAAACCAGAAGGAAACCUGGGUUCUGUUAGCUCAGCGAACUCUUCCAGUCCUGUGGAGGAAGAAGCAUCAGGUUCUCAGUCGGCCUCCACUCCUGCAGGAAACGUGGCUUCUUCCACCGAAGGGUCCAAGAAACCAGGAGUCACACCCCCAGGAGGGAACGCCAAGGAAACGACAGAAGUCUAUGUCGAAGAAAAGGCCGCCUUCCCGGCCAAGACGAACUCUUCUUUGAAAGAAGGGACAACUAAAACAGCUGCAGUGGUGUCUAAGGAAGCAGCCACUCCAGUCACUUUGAUUUCUAAGGAAGAAGAGGAAGCUGAAUCUCCCGCAGAGAGGACUGAAGAAACAGCCACAGCACCCAUCUUGCUUUCUGCUUCUCCUGAUGAACAGCCUGAAGGAACAGAGCUUCUAACAGAGUGGUACCCCAGCGCAACGGACGCAUCUCUUCCCAGCGCGACCGGUGGUGAAGGGGUACAGGCAUCUUCCUCCGAGGAAGGUGCAAAUAGCGUUGCUUCCGGCGAAAUGAGUUUUCUGCCACCGGCUGCUGGAGACGAGGAGGCAAUGGACACGGACACCGGGAGAAGCAAUGUGGGUUUCCAGCUCAACUCCACCGUAGCUUCGUGGGAGGAAACGCCAGGCGUCAUCCCAGAACCAGGCGAGGAGACUCCAGAUCUUUCUCCAGAAGUUGGCAGUGAUCCUGCAGCCCCGUCCUUGAGCCCAGGAGCAGACCCUUCCAGCCACACAGAAGAGCUGCCUGUAGAAGAAGCAGGAGAUGCUCCUGCUGGUGGAAGCUCUCCUCUGCCACCUCUAGAGGGAGAUGCUGCAACGCCACCGCCAGAAUUGCCCCCAUCCGGUUCGUUGCCGUCCAGUGACACAACUGCGGAGUCAUCAGAACCCGGUGAGCUUGCUGCAGUUUCCACUCAACUGCCUCCUGUCGGUGAAGCUGCUCUGGAUGUAGAAUCUGCUCCUGGAGAAGGAAGGGGCGAUGCAGAUAGCUCUCUGUCAGCAGGAGAGCCCGAAAGUGAUAUGGAGCCAACUGCAAUUCCCUCUUCUGCAGGCCCAGAAGUUGGCCCUGAAAACACAGCCGAUGUGCCCACUGGAGAAUCAGAAGACCUGCUGAGUUCAGAAUCGUCUGGUUCCCUUCCAGUAGAUGAGUCAACGCUAGACAGUCUACCCGGCAUUUUAUCUCCCAGUGAUGCUCCCUCUGGGCCUUCAGAUUUGGAUUCUGAUGCCACAGUGUCUUCUCCUGUUGGACUCCCAUUGGGGUCGGGUUCUGCUUCACAGUUACCUGAGGAUGGUGAGGCCCAGGCAUCUUCCACAACUAACGAAGAGGCAGAGGAAGAUUCUGGAAGCCCAGACAGCAACAAGGAAGCAUCUUUUGUUUCAGUGUCUCCAGAGCAAGAACCAGCUUCUUCAGGAACAGAUGCCCCUGCUGGAGAAGAAGUUUCUGCAGACCUUGCCAGUGGGGCAACCUCCCCCUUGAAUCCCGGUGUGGAAACAGAUAGUUCAGAGGUGGCAGAGAAUGAGCAGCCCACAGUAUCAACGCAGAGUGAGCCCUCUUCAGAUAUGACCACAAUAAAUUCAGCUGGGGUAGCAGAGAAGGUACCAGGGACUUUGCCCGACACCAAAACAUCCCCUCCUUCUCUCCUGGAGGAUGAAACAGCAUCCGAAGCUCAGGGGUCAUCUGAAGAAACACCCUCUCCUAUGUCUCUCAGUGUUACACCUUCUCAGAAGGAGGAGGGAGAGACUUCCCCCAGCGAAGCACCUGGAAAGGUUGGUUCUUCUCCUGAAGGCAGUGAGGCAGCUACAGGACCAGAUGUUGCAUCAGGAUCAGCCACAACUGAUGCAGUCGCAGAAACGAGCAGCGAAGGCCAGAGUGAGACAGACUCCCCACUCUCCAGCGUGGAGCUUAUCCCACCUGUGGGAAGAUCAGAGAUCUUAGACACUGAAGAAUCUUCAGGUCUGUCACCUGCAGAGGACAUGGUGGUAACAGAUCCAUCGGGAGGACAAUCCACCUUUCCUUCCACAUCUCCUGAUGAGUCACCUUCUGGUCCCUCUGCUACAGAUGCAAUGGAAGCUCCAUCAAAUGGACCACCUGGCUCUCCAUCUUCCUCCCACCUAACCCCAGACAAUGACCUGGGGGCAGGCUCAGAGGUCACCACGGGGCCAGAGGAUCUAGGACAUUCUGCUGCUGUGAAUGGGGAGGAAGCAUCUCUUUCCCCAGUGUCCACCGCAGAGCCUGAACUGGCUCCUGCAGAAACAGAGCCUGCUGAGGAUGGAAAUGUUUCUGAAGACCUAGGCAAGGUAUCAGCCUUACCCUCCAGAGAAGAGACAGUAGGAGCCACCUCAGAGAAAGCAGUUGAUGUGGAAUCCCCUUCAGAUAGCAGCAGCUUUCUGGAUGAAGUCAACACUCUGCCCCCAGAGCCACAGCUAGGUCCAGGAAGUGAAGCAGAGAACAGUCCACCUAGCUCUGCAGAGGUGACAGAUGCAGAAUCUGGAGAUCUUACACCCCUUCCUGAGAGUGCUGGAAAAUCAACGGAAGCUCAAGAGUCAUCAGAAAACCCCCCUUCUUCUUCUUCAUCUUCUUCUGGGUCCUUCAGUGCAGAAGACGAAGAAGGAGAAGCCUCCCCAAGCCCAGCUUCUGACAGCCUUGGUCCUUCCCCCCAAAGCACUGAUGUUUUAGAAGGUAGCAGGGAUGGUGAGGGCAGCACUGGAUUGGUUGAAAACGAAGUAGCUGGGACAACCAACAGCGAGGGCCAAGCCGGAACGGAUCUCCCACUUUCAGAUGCAGAUAUUGGCCCCACCGAAAGAUCAGAGCUGCCUGCAGGACCACCAGGAGCUGUGGCUGAUGGAGAAACCCCAAGUCAACCACCUGUAGAGGAUGGCGAGACAUUAGUAGGAAACACGGCCUCAGGAGAAGAAUCUCCCUUAGUCAUCCCAAGUGAAAAAUCCCUGCCUUCCGUUGUUUUUGAGCCAUCAGGAGCUGAGCCUAGUGGGUCCACUAGCUCUCCAGUCUCCUAUCAGCUGUCUCCAGAUGUUGCAUUAAAACCAGGCUCUGCAGCUUCUGAGGAGGCCCAGGGAUUGGAAGAUACUUUUAGUGUGCAAGGAAAGGAUUUGGUUCCAGUAGUCACAGGGUCACCAUCGGCCUCCCCCUCCAAUGAUGGGAUAGGGGGCACUGGCUCAGAUUUGGCAGGUAGUGAGGAGUCUCAUCUCUCUCCAGAAGAUGCUACAACAGCAACAAAUGAGGGAGCAGAACCAUCUGAAGGCUCCUCCAGUGUCAGCAGCAAGGAAACAUACUUGGCUCCAUCAGCCUCAAAGCCACCAGUUUCCUCUUCUUCCCCUGAAGAGGUGCAAAUUGAUGGAUCACCACCAGUCAAUAGCGAGGAGUCUCCUCUGUCUCCAGGUGAUACAGUGGGAGCAGGACCUGUCACUUAUGAGGAGGGAGAAGAAUCAGAAGACACCUCCGCUGAAAGUGGAAAGGAACCAUCAUUCUCUCCAUUGGCCACAGAGUUACAAUCAGCAACUGCCUCCACCGAAGGCAUGGAAACUGCCAUCUCUGAAUCAGAAGCCAAUGCAGGAUCUCAACCAUCUCAAGAUGCUGCAGGAUCUGGAGCUUCUGAAGGCAUAGAACAAUGGGGAAACUCUUCUGCCGCAAAUGAGCAGGAAACGCCUUUGGGUUCAUCAGUUGGAGAAUCACCGAAAACAUCUGCAGAUGAAGAGGUCUCUGAAGGGCUUGUUGAAGGAAGACCUUCCCUCUCCACUGAGUGGCUGGAUCCUGCCAGCUUUGAGAAGGCAGAAGGCAAAGGAUCUCAACCACCACUAGUUGAUGCAGGGGUGUCCAAUGGGAAGGAACCAUCAUCGGCUGCAGAGCCACAGUCAGACUCUCUGUCAACUGAAGGGGUGGAAAUUCCCAGCUUGGCGCCAGCAACUGACACAGGAUCUCAACCAUCCGUAGAUCGUGGAGCAACAGCAGGGGCAGUAGCUUCUGAGGAGGGAGAAGAAUCCUCUUUGGCCCCAACAUCAACAGAAUUACAAGCCCCUGGAACAAGUGAAGAAGUUUCUGGAGGGCUUAGCAGUGGAGAAUCUUCCACCCACCCUGAAGGUAUGGAAACAGGGGCUGUAGCUUCUGAGGAGGGAGGAGAAUCAAUAAUAAGUGAAAAUAAAUCCUCUUUGGCCCCAUUGUCACCAGAUUCACAAUCCUCUGGAGCACCUACAAGUGAAGAUGUUUCUGGAGGGCUUGGAGAAUCCCCCCUCCUUCCUGAAGAUGUAGAAACACCUAUUUUGGAGCCAGCAACUAACACAGGAUCUCAAUCAUCACCAGAUGGUGCAGCAGAGGGUGUAGCUUCUGAGGAGGGAGGAGUAUCAGAAGACAUUUCUCCGGUGAGUGGGAAAGAGCCAUCUUUGCAUGCAUUGUCCACAGCAUCACAAUCUUCUGGAACAUCUGCAAGCAAUGAGGUUUCUGAAGGACUUGGUGAUGGAGAUUCCUCCCUCACCACUGAAGGGGUGGAAACAGCCGGCUCAGAGUCAGCAGCAAGCAAGGCACCCCAACCAUCACUAGAUGAUGCAGCAACAGUAGUGUCCAGUGGGAAGGAACAAUCAUCGGCUCCAUUGGCUGCAGAGUCACCAUCAGACUCUCUGUCAACUGAAGAGGUAGAAACACCCAGCUUGGGGACAGCAACAAACGCAGGAUCUCAACCAUCUGCGGACAAUGCAGCUACAGCAGGAGCUUCUGAGGAGGGCAUGAGCGGGAAGGACGCAACAUUGAAUGCAUUGUCCACAGAAUCACAAUCCCCGGGAACAUUGACAAGUGAAGAUGUUUCUGGAGGACUUGGUGAUGGAGAACCAUCCCUUCCCACUGAAGAGGUGGAAGCUGCCCGUUUGGGAUCAACAGCCACCAAGGGAUCCACCUCUUCCACAGAGACAGUCCUGAGCCCAGAAAACGUAGCAGAGCAGCCAGAAGAGAAAUCUGGGUCAAUAACUGGUGCAGAAUCUUUCCCUCAACCCUCUUCUGCGGUCGGGUCAAUGAUCGGCAAAGCUUCAGGAGGAACCUUGCCUUCUGCUUCUGCAUAUUCUGAUGAGAGCUUGGCCACCAAUGCAGGGGCAAACCAAGUCUCUGGCAUUACAGAGUCUUCACAACCACCUCCAGGGAGUGGAGAGGUUAGUGACAACAUGGCAGGUCUUGAUAACACAGGAAGUUCAGAAAAGUCUGUAAGUGGACAGCCUGCUCCUUCUAACAGUGAUGCUCUGGGUGGGUCAGAUUCUUCCUCUCCAGGGGCAGAAGUCAGCACAGAGAUUCUAAGAGGAGAUUUGGGGAAUGGUCCAGGGUCCUUGAAUAGAGAGGAAUCUCCUUCUGCCUUAUUACCUCCCAGUAACCCACUGCCCUCUGGACCCGCCAACUCAUAUGUCAAAGGCACAGGAAAUGUCAUUGCUGGUGGCUCAUCUUCUCAGGAGGUAGAGGAGGCACCAGCUGGCUUAGAAGCAGGAAAAACAGACUCUUUCCCCUCUGAUUCAAAGACCCAAGAAUCCAGACCCUCACCCAAUGGGCUUUUGAGCUCUUCCACAGCGUCCGAAGGGAGAGGCGAUGCAGACAGCUCGGUUUCGGCAGCUGACAAGGGUCCAGCCACCACAUCCACUGCUGGUGGAACAAGUCCUUCCCUGUCUAGCACGCAACUGAGUCCAGCGAAUACCCUGAAACUGCCUUCUGGGGAAGAAUCAGGACCCGAGAUCAAAGGAGGGGUGUCUCCUCUGUCCUCCAAGUCUGAAGUCACAGGAAGUGUUAAGCCACCCCCAAAUCCAGCAUCUCCCACUGGUUCCGGCGUCUCAUCCUUGCCUCCUUCCUCCGCCAAGAGUAAGCCGGCUGUCGGUGUGAGCAAAGACACAUCUGACAACAGCAAAACACCCUCCUCCGCAGGGAAAGCACCCAGCUCUGCCCUUGCAACAUCCGGCGGCAGCUCUCCAGUUUCUAAGCCCACAAAGUCGGGGUCUUCAACCGGUUCCGGCACCUCAUCCCUGUCUCCUUCCUCCACGCAGAAAAAGCCGUCUGUCGGCGUAAGCAAAGUUGCACCUGCUGAUAGCAAGGGGAAAUCGGAGGUCCGCCUUGCCGCCUCAGGAGCUACUAAAUCCUCAGAAGCCACCGGCAAGACAGAGAAGAAGCCGAGUUCGAGAUCCCAAAAUUCCAAGGACAGGAAAGCAGCAACUGCCAAUGGAAACUCAGAAAAGUCAGGCCGCGUCCCUGCGGUUCCAGUUCCUGCAUCAUCACCAGCGGCGUCCCUCUUUCCAUACGGAGCAAGUGCGAACGACAGAGAAUACGUUCAAAGGAAAGUGGAUUUCACUUCGCCUCUGUUCAAGCCCGAGAUUGGAAUCCCGCUGGGAAAAACACUGCGCACCUCCCUCUAUUUCACGGACAACGGACAAAUAAUUUUCCCAGCUUCUGAUAAAGAUGUUUCCAGCUAUCCUAACCCACCUGCGAAAGGAUUUAAUGGCCGCGAGAAAGUACCGAUGAUAGCCGUGUUUUGGGACAAUGCUGAUUUCUCCAGAGGCAGAGGAACCAUCUUUUACCAUGAAUAUGUUACCCAGACCUCUGCGAAACACCCCGUUGUCCGUGAUGUGGAAGCAAAGAUUCGCCAAUAUUUGAAGUGUUCCUAUUCAGCUACCUGGACACUCAAGAUCACCUGGGUGAAAGCGCAGCCUUACCCAGCGCAGGGACAGAACGGCAGAACCAACACUUACCAAGCCAUCCUAACCACUGAUGGAUACAGAACAUACACGCUGUUCCUUUAUCAAAACGGUGGAAUGCAAUGGGAUUACAGAAGAAUCUCUCCUGCAAAUGUGCUGAUCGGGUGGACCAGUGGUGACGGAUAUUUUAAAAACGACGACCUGAUAACUAAAACGCCAGCUGAGAAAUACCGGCCAGAUCAAACCGAGGGCUACAACACAGGUGUGCGUGGUCUCUGGGUAUACAAGCUGGACAGCCGCAUCCGUGUGAACUACAGGCAGAGGUGUCUCGACUGGCUUAGCCAUGAGCGGCAGCCGUCUGCCUGGAACAAGGACCUGCCUCCGUGCCCUUGCUCUCUGCAACAGGGGCUGUCGGAUGAUCGCUUCUCCCGCAGCAACAAAGGUUUGCUGGACUCUCGCUUAACCAUGCUGUAUUCCUCUGCCCCAAACAAGUUCGGCGCUGGGAUCCGGUGUCUUUAUAACAGCAAAAACCAGCUUGUGGAAGGUCACCAGGAAAGAGUCUGGAAGGGUUCAAGGAAAAGCUCCCCCAACAGCGACGAAGAGUUGAAAUUAUAUGACUGGUGCUGUAACCAGACCGGAAACCUCCAGUUCUGUGAUAAGUACAGCCAGAAAAGGCCAAAGAUCAGCUGUGACGGAUACAGGCCUCCAAUCCGGGCAGCGACUUCAUCGGAAGAGGAGGCGGACAGCAAAUCAGAGGAAGACAGAGAUUGAGACCUCCUCCUCCUCCUCCAGACCUUGUUUUUGCCGCAGAUCAACGUCAAUGAUUCGCCCAUCGGAAUCCUUUUUGCUCCUCUGUUUUAUGUAGGAGCUGAAUGGGGAAACUGCUUCCAAAUCCGUUAAGGCUGAAAUGAUCAACUUUGCUGAAUAAAAUGCCUUCAACGCCUCGU